CUGGAUUUUUUAGUAAAAACAGAAAAUCCUUUUUUUUUCUCUCUCUCUCUCUCUCUCUCUCUCUCUCCGUGCGAUUUCACCCUCCCCUUCGACAGCACCUCCCAGCCGCACCUUACAUCCUCCAUAACCACCGCAGCCGACCACCACCGACCACCAGACCGGCCGGGUUAGAGCCGCAACCACCCCAGCAACCUUUCCCGAUCAGCCCCGACGCCAUCCGCCGCCGUCAGCAGCCGGAAAACGCAGAAAAAGCCGUCGGUUUUGACAGCUUUUCCAGCCACUCGAACUCCCUCCUCCGGCCACCAAUCUUGACGUGUGAGGUAACUCAAAUCGGGAUUCAAAGUUGGCCGGUUUUCAAUUUGAAUUUCCGGCCACUUCCGGCCACUUUUUAGGAUUUCAGAAUUUGUUUCGAAUUUGGUGGGAGUGAAAUUUUAGGACAAAACAAUGUCAUCGCCAGACAUUGCAGGAAUACUGGACAAGUCAAAAGAGCUCGAUCAAUUAAGGAAAGAUCAAGAAGAGGUGCUCGUCGAGAUAAACAAGAUGCAUAAGAAGCUCCAAGCCACUCCUGAAGUGGUUGAGAAGCCUGGGGAUAAUUCGUUGGCGAAGUUGAAGACUUUAUAUGUUCAUGCCAAAGAGCUUUCUGAAAGUGAAGUGAAUGUUUCAAAUUUGUUGUUGAGUCAACUUGAUGCUCUGUUGCCUUCUGGACCUCCAGGGCAGCCACGGAGAAGGAUGGAAGGUAAUGAGCAGAAAAGGAAGAGAAUGAAGAGUGAUUCAGAUAUUUCGAGGAUGUCCCCCUCCGUGCGAAGUCAACUUGAGCUUUUUGCUAGUCUAAAAGGUGAACAGGUAGCAGCUAGGGUCAUGGUCACUCAAGAAGAUGCUGAAAAGGAAGAGUGGCUUGUUGUAAAAGUAUUGCAUUUCGACAAGGAAACAAGAGAACUUGAAGUACUAGAUGAGGAGCCAGGUGAUGAUGAAGAAGGUGGUGGCCAAAGAAAGUACAAGUUGCCUAUGACAGCUAUUAUCCCUUUCCCCAAGAGAACUGAUCCUUCCAGUGCCCAAGAUUUCCCUACUGGAAGACACGUUUUGGCAGUAUAUCCAGGAACAACUGCACUAUAUAAGGCAACUGUGGUGAACGGCCAUCGCAAGAGGAAGACAGAUGAUUUGGGUUUGGACAGGUAUUUGCUGGAAUUUGAUGACGACGAGGAAGAUGGAGCCUUGCCUCAGAGGGUAGUGCCCUUCCAUAAGGUGGUUGCCCUGCCAGAUGGACAUCGCCAGUGAUUCGUUCUUGCCGUUUAUAGAAUAACUUUAUGCAUAAAUUAAAUUAAUUUACCCUCACCACCCCCAUCCGCACCCCCACAGUACACUACUCUGUAAAACAGUACAGUACUCUGUAACCACACGUUUACUAGCUCUUCUUAAUUUAAGCAUCUACUCUAUUCUUUUUUA